AUGAGAGCCACCGCCUCCGCCUCCCUUAGUCUCCGGCAUCUCUGCAGCUUCCCUUGUAGUGUCCCGUCUCUCCUCUUCUCAUCCUAUUCCUCAAUCUCAUUCCCUCUCCACUCUCCUCGCCUCUGCGUCUUCCUCCGCCGCAACUUCCGCCGUCGCAGCCAACUCUUUCUUAACCGUCCCUUCGCUGCAAGCUACAGUUCCUCUCCAGGCGAUAACACCUCUGGUUCGAACUACGAUGUCAUUGUGGUUGGAGCGGGACACGCUGGGUGCGAAGCGGCUUUAGCCUCUGCUCGAUUGGGAGCUACUACUCUGCUUCUCACAUUAAACCUCGAUCGAAUAGCUUGGCAGCCUUGCAAUCCAGCAGUAGGUGGACCAGCAAAAUCACAAUUAGUACAUGAAGUUGAUGCACUAGGAGGUGAUAUUGGCAAGGUUGCUGAUAGAUGCUAUUUACAGAAGCGUAUCCUAAAUGUCUCAAGGGGUCCUGCUGUAAGAUCACUACGUGCGCAGACUGACAAAAGGGAAUAUGCCAUGGAGAUGAAGAAGAUAGUGGAAAGCACUGAGAAUCUCUGCAUUAGAGAGGCAAUGGUAACUGAUAUUCUAGUUGGGAAGAAUGACAAUGUGGAAGGCGUAGCCACAUUUUUCGGGAUGAAUUUUUAUGCGCCUUCUGUUAUUCUCACCACUGGAACCUUUAUGAGUGGGAAGAUUUGGGUCGGUAGAAAGUCUAUGCCUGCUGGAAGAGCUGGCGAGUCAGCUUCACAAGGAUUGACAGAGAAUCUGCAGAAACUUGGAUUUGAAACAGAUCGCUUAAAGACUGGGACUCCAGCGCGUGUGGAUCGCCGGACUAUAGAUUUUUCCAAUUUGGAGGCUCAACAUGGAGACGAAGAGGUCAGCUGGUUUAGUUUCGACCCAGAUUUUCAUAUCGAGAGAGAGCAAAUGAGCUGCUACUUAACUCGCACUACAAAGUUUACACACCAAUUGAUCAGGGAUAAUUUGCAUGAGACCCCAACUUAUGGUGGAUGGGUUGAAGCAAAAGGUCCUAGGUACUGCCCUUCUAUUGAAGACAAGAUUGUUAGGUUUAAAGACAAAGAGUCGCAUCAAAUAUUCCUUGAACCAGAGGGCCGAGAUGUUCCUGAGAUCUAUGUGCAGGGAUUUUCAACUGGCCUGCCGGAGAAUCUCCAGCUGCCACUUCUAAGAAGCCUUCCCGGACUAGAAAAUUGCGCAAUGCUAAGGCCUGCGUAUGCUGUUGAGUAUGAUUAUUUGCCAGCUCAUCAGUGUACCAGGUCUCUUAUGACGAAGAAAAUUGAAGGACUUUUCUUCUCUGGUCAGAUCAACGGCACAACUGGUUACGAAGAGGCUGCUGCACAGGGUAUUAUAUCUGGAAUCAAUGCUGCCAGACAUUCGGACGGUAAGAAACAAGUUGUUCUUGAGAGGGAAAGCAGUUAUAUAGGCACACUGAUUGACGAUUUAGUCACAAAGGAUCUCAGAGAGCCAUACCGCAUGCUAACAAGUCGUUCAGAACAUCGGCUUCUUCUUCGAUUUGAUAAUGCGGAUAGUCGACUCACGCCUCUGGGGCGUGAACUCGGAUUGAUAGAUGAUAGACGAUGGAAGUUAUACCAAGAGAAGCAAGCAAGGAUUUCAGAAGAGAAGAAGAGACUGAAAACAGUCAAGAUUUCAGGAGGUGAGUUUGCUGCUGAAGUUACCAAGGUGUCUUCUCAGCCAGUCAAAGAAUCAGCAACACUAGAGAGUGUACUCAAGAAACCUCACGUCCACUACAGCAUUCUAGAGAAACACGGCUUUGGAAACGAAACAUUAUCCAAAAUGGAGAAAGACUGCGUAGAGAUCGAUAUCAAAUACGAAGGUUUCAUUCUGCGCCAGCAAAACCAACUGCAGCAGAUGGUGCAACAAGAACAUAGACGACUUCCAGAGGAUUUGGAUUACUUUUCGAUGACAACUUUAUCCCACGAAGGGCGUGAAAAGCUUUCAAAGGUGAGACCGCAGACGCUAGGGCAAGCAAGCAGAGUGGGCGGAGUUAGUCCUGCUGACAUAACGGCUCUGCUCAUAACACUUGAAUCGAACCGAAGAAGAAGUCAAGAUGAGAAGAGAGGGAAAAUAUUGGAACAUGCGUUGGCAGAAUCUAAUCCACACUUGGUAGAAGAUAGAGAGCAUAUUGGUUAA